CAUGGUGGAAGACAUUCAACGCUGUUAUCAGUCAUAUUUUCGAAAUUUUUCCUAUUAAUUUGCGAUAGACACUGUAAAUAUAAUACAUCCACGUAUUUGUACAUGAUACAAAAUGUAAAUCAUGCGAGGUAAGCGAUUAACGAGAUGUAAUAAGGCGCCAAAUGCCGUUGAAAGUGGAAACAAGUCAUCAGAUGGCUGGGCAGGGAAGCACCUGUCUAGACGAGCUGACGAGACGCUGAAUUUUGUGACUACGUCUACUCCAGCAAAACAGUCAACGAGGACGUGUAAUGAUACGACAUUAAGUGAUACCGACGAUGAAAUCUCCCUUGCUUUGCGUGAUACACCAACUGGUCUUCGAAUGAAAGGAUAUUUCCGAGAUGAAUUUCUAUCAUCACAAGCUGCAGACUCUCAACUGGAUGUUCGAUGGGAUCAUACAUCACCAGAUGCAUAUAAGCAUCUGAAGAGAGUUCAGAGAAAGACUGGAUCUCGACAAGACAAGGAUGACUUGUCAGAUAUUGUAUGCAGGCUGGCCCCAGCUGUUGGUGCAAAUGGGGAAGAGUUUGAGACAAUGUCCAGCACACCACCUCUGUUGUGCUCCUGGCUCCAAGCCAAUAAAGCUACCAGCCAUAACAUGCCUUUUGAAGGACAAAUCUUUAGGGGCAACCACAAAUUCAAACGUGGUGUGAAGAAAAGAAAAGAUCAAAUGUGCAGAAAUUUGAUGAUGUUCUCAGCAAUCUCCAUCAGUGUUUAAACAGACUUGAUGAUGAAGAGAAAAUGAGAGAGAAAAUCAAAGAUCCAGCAAGUCUUCUACUGACAGUGAGCCCUUUAUUCCCACCAUUGAGGAUCAAAACAAAAA